AUGCCGUGGACAAGCACUAACAGAAUUUAUGCGAAACCUUCCAACUCAAGCGCGGGUGAAGGUGGUCCUCUCGUUGCGUCGAGAGGAGUAUCAGCCACGGCCGCAACUACAGCGGCGGCAGACUCAGGCGGUCGCUUUGAGCUCAGCGAUCACGGUUAUGGAAAGAGCUCCGUAAAAUUGCUGCACGUGCACAGAGAUGGAGAACGACAUGCAAUCAGAGAAUUCGAAGUUUCAACAGAACUGAAGCUAGCAUCGGAAUCAGCGUACAUAGUUGGUGAUAACAAAGAAGUGGUUGCAACGGACUCCCAGAAGAACACAGUCUAUGUGUUAGCGAAGAAACAUGGGAUUAAAACUCCAGAGGAGUUCGGUGCAGUUGUAGUGAAUCAUUUCCUUUACACAUAUAAGCAAGUAGCGGAAGCUAAGUGUCAUGUGAUCGAAUACCCAUGGGAGAGGUUGCAAGCCGGCGCACCGCACAACCAUGCUUUUGUCUUCUCUCCGGCCGCCACCAGGUGGUGUGAAGUUUCUCAAGCCAGACAUGAGGCCGUUGUAGUAAAAGCCGGUUUGAGCGGCUUAAGAGUGCUGAAGACUACUCAGUCGGCGUUCGUAGAUUUUGUUCAAGAUGAAUACACCACGCUAUCUGAUGCUGCAGAAAGGAUUUUCAGUACUGUCGUAGAAGCAGAAUGGACAUAUGAUAAUAUGAGAAAAGCUGAUUUUGACAAUGCCUGGCUAACUGUCAAAGACGCGAUUCUUGAUAAAUUCGCCGGACCUCCUGAUACAGGAGUUUAUUCACCAUCAGUACAACACACAUUAUAUCAAGCCGAAAAAACUGUUUUAGAAAAAGUGUCUGAGAUAUCUUGGAUCCGUAUGACCAUGCCGAAUAAGCAUUACCUCAACAUUGAUGUAUCGAAAUUCCCUGCAAAUGUCACUAAAGGGGAUCCGCGGCACUACAUAUACCAGCCCAUAGAUAAACCAGCUGGACUCAUCUACGCGCAGCUACGUCGUAGACCUAAAAGCCGCUUGUGA